CGUCCGGCUGGUGACGUAUGCGAGCGGAAGCAUGCUUCACUUCCGGUGGCGGCGGGCCGGGUGUGAGUGUGGAGGGGCCGAGAUGAAUCGGGUACCUGGCACUGUUCUUAUUGACCGCACCAUACAGAUGAGGAAGGAGGCGCAAACCAGGAAGGUGAUACUGGUGUGGGGUUUGCUCAACGUAGGUCUCGCAGGAAUGGUCUAUGUGGAAAUGACUGGCAAAUUGCUGUACAAAUUCUACAAUAUCAACUACUGGCCCCUGUGGUAUAUCGAGUUUGGUCUAGUCAUCUUGUUUUGUCUCAACGCCUUAACUGAUUUCUGGCGUUACUUCCGGAGUGCUGUAGUCCCAGCCAAUCUAGUGAUGACCCCACAGCAGCAAACGCUGCUGGGAAUAAUGAAUCCGGGGAUGCAAACAACACCACAGAGAAAGCCAGCCACCACAUCCACCCCCAACAGUUCCCCACCUGGUGUCACCCAGGGGCAGAGUGUCCUGUCCUACAGUCCUCAACGGCCAAUUGGUUCCAGCCCCAAGUUCAGCCCUAACUGUAUGACAGGGUAUAGCCCAACCAUGCAGACGCCUUCGUUGUCAGGAAGUGGGUCCUACCCAUCCUCUGUGGUGUAUUCUCCUGGCAGCAGCUUCAAUAUGGGAUCCAGUUUCAGUCCUCCACAAAAUUCCUAUAUAUGCGGUAAUAACAUCGGGAGUUCAGAGUGCUCCAGCCUGAGAGCUCGUUACCGAUCUGCCCCAGUCACGUACAGCGCGCCGCUCACACGAGAUGAGUAUGUUACAGACAUGAAAUCUCUGGAGAACUUCCUCCGCUCCGAAGAGGAGAAGCAAGGCCGCAGUCAGAUGGGAAGUCCUGAAUGUCCGUCCAGCAGCAAUAGUCCAACCUUUUGGAACUACAGCCGCAGCAGUGUUGACUAUGCACAGUCAUUGCGCAAGUUCCAGUACCAGCUCGCCAGCCGGUCCCAGGCUCCUUCAGCUCACAAGGAUGACACAGAUCUGGGCUCCAAGCUACUUGCAGAAGAGGUGUGGAUCAGGUUGAAUAUGAGUCGGCAGCAGCUGGAUCUCCUUGAUUCCUGGACGGCCAACCUGAGGAAUUGGAUCAACGAAACUAUUUUGAAUCGUUUGGUCAAAGAGAUUGAUAGUGUGAACACACAGCUAAGGAGGUUGGGAUGUCCAGAGCUGCAAGUGGGUGAGACUAGUAUCAGCAGCCUAAGGCAAGCAGCCUUGGUAAGAGCUCCCCAGCUUCCAACAUUGAACAUAGUUAUCCAAUACUUGGACAUCACUUCAAACCAAGAGUACUUGGUGGAAAGAAUCAAAGAGCUGGCUCAUGGUGGUUGCAUGAGCUCCUUCCGAUGGAGUGGAGGAGGAGAGUACAAGUCCAGGAAGUGGGAUACAGAUCUUCCCACUGAUUCUGCGAUUAUAAUGCACAUGUUCUGCACUUACCUUGACUCCAGGCUACCUCCACAUCCCAAAUAUCCUGAUGGAAAAACUUUUACUUCCCAACAUUUCAUUCAAACUCCAGAUAAACCAGAUACCACAAAUGAGCAUUUAUUCUGUAUACACCAAAGCAACAUCAAUCCUCCACACUAUCAGCUUAUCUACCAGGGGCAGGUGUACAAUUUGCCUAAGGACAGGAGCAACAUGUUUCACACCAUCCUGAUGUUUCUGUACAUAAUUAAAACAAAGGAGUCAGGAAUGCUGGGACGGGUAAAUCUGGGCUUGUCUGGAGUGAACGUUUUGUGGAUUUUUGGAGAAUAAGGAUAAAUUACCAGGAAACACAAUUCUCCAGUGUUUGCAUUCAGAUCAAGCAGAAACUAAAUCUACUCAACAUCUGAACACUACCUGCCACCACCUCAAAUUCUCCUCGAUCUUGUAAUGAUACUUGACUGAGAAGUGCAGGCCUUUGCAAAGGAAACUCUGAAGCCAGCAUUGUGCCUUUUCCUUGUGACUUAAUCACUGCUGAGUAUCUGAUUAUGGUGCAACUGCUCCCUACUAAGAUUUUUUUUUGUCAUUUUUGAACCAGUGCCUUCUGUCCCACUGUUUAAAGGACAGCAUCUAUUAGCAAUGAAUGGAAGCAAGUGUAUACAUUUCAUGAUCUUUAAAGCAUUUUGUGUCAGACUGCAAAAUGUUGCCAGAUUUUGCUGAAAGAUUGAAAUAUCAGGAUUGUGGAAUUCCUUGGGGAGCAGAGAGACUGUUUUAUUUUCAUGCUCGUCACUGUGUAAGCAAAGUUGCUGUGGUGACUCCUGUUUCUCCUGGAAUAAUCACGUGUACAUUGCUAUGCUGUUUUUUUAAGUACAUGCAAGCAAGCUGUUUUUUAUAUUCAUUUGUGAUGUACCCUGAGCAGCCUGGUUCUGAAGUAUAGCAGGAAGCAGUGAUUUUGGGCUUGUGUUUUUGACACCUUGUCCCAGUAAUGAUGGCUUCAAAAUGGAUGUUGAUGGAAGUAGAAGGUCGAUGGUUCAAUGGGGAGGGAAGAGGGUGAGUAAGUCUGGGCCCACCACUGUCCUCCCAAUUCAGGACACUUUUAAUAAAUUGUGGUGCUGGAGUAUCACGGAGUAAGUGUUGGAACCCACCACAGACGGAAACAUUGAGCUGUGAUCUAUUCCUUACUAGUGAUGAAUGGACUGAUUUUUAAUUAUUGCUCCAAGGAAGUUUUAUUAUCUUUUGGUAGUAUUGUGGGUUAAAGAUUUGUUUAACAUUUUCUAUUUUAACUUUUAAUAUCAAGUCACCAAAAGCCA